AAUGUCAAACAAACAAAUCUAAUGUCACUGAUGAAAUUCGGACUGGAUUCAUAUUUUUGCUCUGAAUUUUAUGCUUUCAAAGAUUUUAUUUUAAAAAUCUAAGGAUAAAAACAGCAAUCCUUUCGGUGCAAAUACUCAUUCCACAUAAUUACGUCAUGAACAAACUACAAAGAGUCUUUUGUUAGUUCAUUGGAUAGUAUUGACUCUGACAAUUAUUAACUAUGGAAAAUAAUAUUGAUGUAGUUGAUGAGAUAUCAUCAUUGCUGGAUUCUGAAAAGUACAAAGAAGCCCUAAGUUUACCAAAUAAUGUGAAAUUUGCACAAAGUUUUAAAGAAAAUUGUUGGGAUUUGAUAUCAAUAAUAAUUAAUAAGGUGCAUGAUGACACAAUUAUUUUAAAGCCUUCAUUGCAUGGGGCAUGUGAACAACUACUAAACCUUAUAGUUGAAAAGGCAACUCCCGAAGAAACUCUGUUGGAAUUCAUUGAACAAGUGGAAGUGGCCAAAAAUGAUGCUCAAUUUAGUAUUAUUUUAACGCCAUUACAACAACUUCUUGAAAGAUUAAAAGCAAAACGUGGGCGAUCGUUAGAAUGGUGCCUCAAUUCUAUCUCCACUUACAUUGAAACUAUUCCUACCCCAGAAUACUUUUUAGAACAAAAAGAGCGUUUGUUAAUGGAUUGUGAUAAUAAUAUCAGAAGAGUUGUGAAAGUGUAUUCAUUGAUUCCACCAUUUUACAAACCUUUUAUUGCUGAGCUGAAAAGGGAAGAUAAUGUAAAAGUCAAACAAACAAUAUGUGCUUUUCUUGUCAGCCUUUUGGGAAAACCAAUUAUUUAUAUUGAUUUGGAUCCGGAUUCAAAUGCUCAAAGUGAAGCCAGGCAAACUUGUUCAACUAUAAUAGAUGAUAUUUGCUCAUUGGAAAAGAAUGUUCUCAAAUUUUUAUUCUAUAUUGAAGAAUGUAGUAAAGAGAAGAAAAUAUCCAGAUUAAAUGAAGAUUCGGGAGAAGAAUUAUCAGCUUAUGAAAAUAAAGACAAAAUUAAUAUGACUUCACUUGCCGGGUUGUUUUAUGUUGUAUUCUCUGGCCAUUUCAACAUAAUGGAUAAUGCAAUUCCACAAGUUUAUAGUAUUGAAUAUAUUGUUCAUACUAGUCUUCUCGCUGUAAAUAAUCUACUGUGUAACACAGAGUAUGGCCCACUAAGUAAAGCUUUGUCGUUAUGCAAAGCACUUUUAAAUCGUCUACCAAAUAUUGUUACUUAUGAUGUGCUAUCAAUACCCGUGCAUUUCAACUUAUUAAAGGGUUUAGUGAAUGUUGCUAUUUAUUCUAAUUAUGUAGUUAUACGUAAAACUGCAGUUAAUUUGAUAAGUGUACAUGUAAAUAAAUUUCAAUACAAAGGAAGAUGUUUGCUUAUAAAGUACAUAUUUGAAAUUGCAAAUCAUUCUGGUAUGAUUGGUUAUGCAAUAACAUUGUACAAGAAUUCAAUUAAUGAGGCAUUCAAAAAUCCUGUGUUAGAUGAAUGUUUCACUGGUGAUCAGCUUAUGUAUAUGGUCAGAAAGAUCUGUCAUCUGCCUCAUGGAGCACAAUCUGAUUUAGUAGAAUUAGCUGAUCAAAUAAUAACCGCAUUAAACUUUUUAAGAUAUCUCAUUUUAAAGGAUACUUUAAAUCAAAGUGGUAUUAAGAACAAUUUUUCAUAUAUCGAAAGUGAUUAUUUAGAAAAUUUAAGAACCGGUUUAAAUUUAUCUAAGGCACAUUAUGAACAGAAAUUAAAAGAAAUUGAAAACAAGAAUUAUACACAACAAGGAGUUGAUGUAUCUAUAAAUGUUGGUGGCAACACUUUGGAUAAUAUACCCAUAGAAAAUAAGAGGGAAAUAUUGCAUUCAGCACUUAAUGCUUUUCAUUUGAUUGAGGGUCUUGUAGCUAGAUUAUCUGAGUGUAUAAAUAUUUCUAAAACAAGUGUAAAUGUUUGAUAAUAAAAAUAUCUGAUUACGAAAUAAAAGUUAAUAAUGUGAAUUUGUUUUUUCUUAAUCAAUUAUGUAUAAAUGCAAUCUCUA